AUGCGACUUCUACAUAUCGAAUCGGAAACUGGAAGGCUGACCUGGUCGUUCUACGGCAGCGCCAUCCCACCGUAUGCUAUUCUUUCACACACUUGGGGCGAUGGCGAGGUCACCUUCGAAGACUUAGUAAAUGGAACUGAAAAGAGCAAGACCGGCUACCAGAAGAUCCUGUUUUGCGGCGAACAAGCGGCCCGUGACCAUCUAAAAUACUUCUGGGUGGACACAUGCUGCAUCGAUAAAUGGAACCUCGAAGAACUCUCUAAGGCGAUUAAUUCUAUGUUUAGGUGGUAUCGGAAUGCAGAUAAAUGCUACGUGUUGCUAUCCGACAUUCCAUCCAUCAAUGGGGCAGCACAUUUAGACCAGAGCAUAUUGGGAGAAUCGUUCCGGAAGAACAGAUGGUGCUGGACGCUUCAAGAGCUCAUUACUCCAGCGUCGGUCGAAUUCUUCACAGAACAUCAGCGACUUGGCGAUAAACAAUCUCUGGAACAGGAGAUCCACGAGAUUACUGGUAUUCCAAUCAAGGCUUUACAGGGCCACCCUCUUAAUAACUUCACUAUAGCCGAGCGAAGGGCGUGGGCGGACAGCCGUCAAACAACUGAACCAGAAGAUGGUGCAUACUGCCUUCUGGGAAUCUUCGAUGUCAAAAUGCAGCUCAUCUAUGGCGAAGGAAAGGAGAAUGCAGUAAACAAACUACUGAGGGUGGUGGGCGAGGGUACAGCAGACACUACUCCGUUCUUUAUACCAUUCGAGCGGAACAACCAAUUCACCGGCCGUGAAUCACAACUUGACGAGAUAGAAGGAAAGCUUUUCGUUGAUGCGUAUACAAAGGUCGCAAUCACAGGAACGAGCGGAAUCGGUAAAACGCAGUUAGCACUCGAGCUAGCGUACAGAACAAAACAAAAGUACAACUGUUCUGUUUUCUGGAUCCCGGCGAUAAAUAUGGAGAACCUUCAUCAAACGUACGAACAAAUUGCUCGACAACUUAACAUUGCUGGUUGGGAUAAUGAAAAGGCAGAUAUCAAGAGGCUCGUACAACGUCACUUAAGCACAGAAAGUGCAGGGCAAUGGCUCCUCAUAUACGAUAACGUGGGCGAUUGUAGUAUGUGGACCAGUGAGUCUGGAUCUACUAUGAUGGAGUACCUGCCAAAUUCUGAGAAUGGACGUAUCAUUUUUACAACGUGCGAGCGAGAAACCGCCAUACAACUUGUAUCGGAUAUUGUAGAAGUACCAGAUAGAGAUCCUGACAUAGCUCAGAGGCUGAUGAGGAGCCUCAUCUACCGGAGUCUGAUGAAUGACCAGGGAGAGGCGGACAUCUUGCUUAAGGAGCUCUCGUACCUCCCGCUAGCUAUCGCGCUGGCAGCAGCCUAUAUUAAUGCAAAUGAUAUAGCGCUUAAGGAAUAUCGGUCACUUUUAGCACAACAAGAGGAGACAAUUGAACUUCUUUGCGAGGGAUUUGAGGAUGCAGGGCGAUACGACAGAGCAAAGCAUCCGGUAGCCACGACGUGGCUCAUCUCAUUCGAGCAGAUCCGCCGCUGCAAUAUGUUGGCAGCUGAUUACAUGUUAUUCAUGGCUUGUAUAGACCGAAAAGAUAUUCCGCAGUCUCUUUUACCUGUGGGCCCGUCGCGCGAGAAGGGAAUAACUGCGAUAGGCACGCUCACUGCCUAUUCAAUGAUUGUAAAACGACCGGCUGCAUCGGCAAUCGAUCUCCACGAACUAGUGCACCGUACAACACGAAAUUGGCUUCAAAGUCAGGAUUCGCUUCUGGCUAUGUGGACCGAAGCGGCCAUCACACGUCUGCUUGACAUGUUCCCAGAUGAUAACCAUGAGAACCGAAGCAAAUGGAGAAGGCUGCUACCGCAUGCUAGUUAUGCGCUUAAAUCUGGUCUCAUUGGAGAAGGUAAUGAAGCCAACACUGAACUCAUAUCGAAGUGUGCUAUAAGCCUGCUUAGGGAUGGACGAUACGAUGAGGCUGAAGUAUAUUUCCUAGAGAUGGUGCAGAGAGACAAGAGAGUGCUUGGCGAGGAGCAUCCAAACACACUGAUUAGAAUAGGGAAUCUGGCGACAACAUAUACAAAUCAAGGCCGAAGGAAGGAGGCAGAGGAGCUAGAAGUACGAGUGAUGGAUGUUUUUGAGAGGGUGGUUGGUGAAGGCCAUCCUCUUACACUUACUAGCAUAGCCAAUUUGGCUUUGACAUAUAAAAGUCAAGGGCGAUGGAAGGAUGCGGAGAAGUUAAUGACGCGAGCGUUGAAGAUAAGUCUUAGAGUACUUGGCGAGGAGCAUUCUUUUACAUUAAAUAGUAUAGAUAAUCUUGCGUCCAUGUAUAGAGAUCAAGGGCGAUGGAAGGAAGCUGAGGUACUAGAAGUACAAGCGGUGAAGAGGAGUAUAAAGAUACUUGGCAAGGAGCACCCAGAUACACUGACUAGUAUAAACAAUUUGGCAGCGACUUAUAUAAAUCAACGCCGAUGGAAGGAGGCCGAGGGGCUAAACAUAGUAGUAUUGGAAAUAAGAAAAAGAGUAUUAGGGGAGGAACAUCCAGAAACACUAACUAGUAUAAAUGAUCUUGCGUCGUCAUAUACGAGUCAAGGCCGAUGGAAUGAGGCUAAGCAGUUGUUUACACGAGUUAUGAAGACGCGUAUAGGGUUAUUUGGCGAGGAGCAUCCAGAUUCUUUAACUACUAUGAACAACCUAGCGUUAAUAUAUAGGAAGCAAGGCCAAUGGAAGGAAGCGUUAAGAUUAGAGAUGCAAAACAUGGAGAUAAGUCUAAGAGUUCUUGGCGAAGAGCAUCCAGAUACAUUAAUAGCUAUAAGCAACCUUGCGUCAGGGUACAGGGAUCAAGGCCGAUGGAAAGAGGCAGAGGAGCUGUUUAUACAAGCGAUAGAGACAAAAAAGAGAGUAUUAGGGGAGGAACAUUUUUCUACAUUGAUUAGUAUAAACAAUCUUGUAUUAAUGUAUAUACAUCAAGGGCGAUGGAAGGAGGUGAAGGUACUACAGGUACAAGUGAUAGAGACGAGGAAGAGAAUACUGGGAGAGGAACAUCCAGACACACUGACUAGUAUAUACAAUCUGGCGGGGACGUAUAGUUAUCAAGGCCAAUGGAAGGAGGCUGAGGAGCUAUUUGUGCGAGUGAUAGAGGCAAGAAGGAGAGUACUAGGGAAGGAACAUAUAGGCACGUUGACUAGCAUGGCUAGUCUUGCCUUUACAUUGAAAGCGCAGCAGGGUCGACUUGCAGAGGCUAUCGAAUUGAUGGAGGAAUGUGUAAGUUCGCUGACGCUAGCCUUGGGUGCCGAUAAUCCUUAUACUUUAUCUUCUUCUGUAGCAUUAAUAGCGUGGGAGACGGAGAAGUUGGGGAUCAGUACCAUAGACAACGUACCGUCAGCGCUUAAGAAUCGGCCUGAGAAGUAG